AUGGAAGCGUCCGUCCGCCUCCUGGCCUGCCUGGUGUGCAUCCUCUCGAUGGGAUCAUAUGUGAGAACCAAAAGAGAUACUACUGGGAACUUGCUCAACACAGACGUGCACAGUGUCCCGUCGCAGCACUGGUCCAUGCAGGUGCCGGCAGAGGUGAGUGCGAUGGCGGGCGAGGCGGCCAUUCUGCCCUGCACCUUCACGCACCCGCACCGCCACUACGAUGGGCCUCUGACUGCCAUCUGGCGCUCCGGCGAGCCCUACGCCGGCCCGCAGGUGUUCCGGUGCGCGGCGGCGAGCGGCAGCAAGCUCUGCCAGACGGCGCUCAGCCUGCACGGCCGCUUCCGCCUGCUGGGCAACCCCCUAGGAGGCGGGAUGAGCCCAUUUUACAACCAGGAAGCUGAGGCCAACGUGGUUAAAGAACUUAACACAGACCCAGACAGUAGAGCUCCGGAGACCACCCCUUUACCACCAUCUCCUGAAGGACAUCUCCCCAAGAUCUCUGACCACACACAGGCUUUCCCAAAUAGCACCAUUUCAUUAGUUACAACCAGGCUCUUGAGGACCUACUAUGCGCUGUGUAGGUGCUAG